GAAACAGCCAGACAGCACCCCCCCUGUCCUGCCUCAGAAACAGCCAGACAGCACCCCCCCUGUCCUGCCUCAGAAUCAGCCAGACAGCACCAGCCUUGUCCUGCCUCAGAAUCAGCCAUACAGCCCCUCCCAGUCCCCAGAACUAUUAGAUGCUGUGGAUUCUUGUGACUUUGCCAUUUAUGACUCACUGGAGCCGUACUCACCUACACACAGCCCCUAUGAGUGGUCUCCUUCCUCUUCCCCUCACGCCAGCUUAAAGGAUGGAACUUCCUGUCUGGGCCUGGAGGGCGUGGAGGAAAGGUGGUAUAGGGAGAGCAUCUCUCCACAGCACCAUACAGGAGCACAGCCUUUAGAAAGCCAGCCGCAGGAUGCAAUACCUAGUGAUGUAUCCAAGCCCUGCUCUGUAUCUCCCUCCCCAGAACCAGAAAAGGACUCUCCCCUACUACCUCCACAACCUCCUCAAAUGUCUUUCCUCCUCCAUCAGCCCCACCAAAGUCCCCCCCUCCAAACAUCCCAGUCAGACAGCCUUAAGAGCCGGUCUGAACUGCCUCUGUCUCCCAGCUCCUUGGCUCUACCUGCCAAGGGGUUCCCAGACCAAGAUCCCCUACAACAGCAGCCUCCAGAGGGGCUGCUUGUGGGGUCCGACUUGUCCGCUCCGAGCCAUCCGGCAUCCAGCUACAGCAUCCCCAGCGACCCCCCCAUGUCAGUGACCAAGACGGAGGAUCUUGAGCAGGACCCGGGGCCCUGGAGACCCCCCGGGGCGGGGCCGGAGGACAGGUCCGGUCUGUGGCUGGAGGGGAGUGACGAGGAGGCGGUGAGAGGCAGGGAAGUGGCUGAUAUGGGUAUCAGCGAGGAGGACAGGCGGUACGUGUGUCCGGUUCAACUCAGGAAAUUCAGGCCGCUGAUGACCGGACCGCUGCAAUCACUUGAGGAUGUGGAGGAGGAGGACGAUGGCUUCGGAGCCCCGGAGCAGCUGUGCAGACAGGGCCUGAGCCUGGUCUACAGCACCAUAGAGGAGAGCUACCCAGAGGGCACCCUGCAGCUGCUGUCGGACCUGCUGCACCCGCGCUUCUACCCCCCCAGGGACAUCACCACCCACCUGCUCAGGGACAUCCUGCUGGACCCCCGCGCCCCACGCAGCCUCCGCUUCCAGGCCUUCUCUCUGCUCAUGAGGACGCAGAGGCACCACCCUGCAGAAAAGGGAACCAUUCCUUGGGACUGGGAGCUGCUGACAUCAGUUAUGACUGAACAGGACAGUCCCAAGAGACACAGUAGUGAGGCGGUGUGCAUGCUGUUGCAGUACACCCUGCAGACACUGGAGGACGACUUCCGGGUCAAACUGUCGCAGCGUGACCUCCCCCACAGCAUCGCCAAAGCAACCCUGUCCUGCGACUCGGGCCGGGUCAGUGAUGUCAUCAGCUGGCUGCUGGCUUCCAUAGUCAAGUCAACGGAGCUCAGUGACGCCAAAGAGAGGGAUGAUCAUCUAAAGAUGGUGCUACUGCUGCAGAAGAUGCUCGUCCUGUCCCUGGAGGUGGACUGCUGUCCUGUGGUGAGCGCCAACAAGCUGGCCCAGAGGCUGGUCCACUCCUGCUCCAGCACCCUCCGCCAGCACCGGAUGCUGCUCCUGGAGACCCUGGAAAGCAGGCUGCUGAGAUGCAGGCUGCUGGAACAGGUGCUGGAGCGGGCCUGUCCACACACCACCUCCCUCCCCAUGUCCCUGGCUCUGCUGCUGCACUUCCUGAAGCACUGCACUCUGACCCCUGACCCCACGGAUGGAGCGGACAGGGAGCUGUGCUGGGAGGAGCUGGUGCAGCUGCUGUGGAUGCUGCUGCUCAGCCACGAGGAGGUGGUGAGAGGUCACCUGCACAGCCCUGUCACAGAGCGAGCAGGAAACGCCCGCCCGCCCGUCCAGGUGGUCACCAACACUGUGUCGCGAUCGGACGUACAGGAAGCCGUGGAGGACUUCCUGUUGCGGUCCCAGGCAGACCUGGGCCGGACGCUGCCUCUACAUGUUCAUGAGUCUCUGACCUACCUCCAGGACCACAUGAUGGACUCCUGUCAGUGUUGACCCUAGGCUUUUACAAUACUGUAAAAGUCUUCAUGUAAAUACAAUUAGUUUUGAAAUUUUCAAUUUAAAAUAUUUUAUGUUUUAUAAUGUCUAUGUGUGAGUUUUUUGUAAUAGGAUGUUAAAAUAAGUUUUUAAAAUAAAAAACUAAUCACAAAUAUUUUGUGGUUUCAAAGGUU